AUGUCCUAUGAAAUGUUUCUUCAACAUGCAGACACCGUUAGUUCAAUUGACCAGAUUGACCUUGUCGUCUGCGACGAGGGCCAUCGAUUAAAGAAUGCUGAAAUCAAAACCACCGCGGCCCUGAAGAAUCUUCCUGCCAAGCGCCGCCUCCUCCUGACUGGAACUCCUAUUCAGAAUAGUCUAGAAGAGCUCUGGUCAUUGGCAGACCUCGUCGCACCUUGUCGUUUAGGUUCCUCGUUCGACCAUUACCGUCGGAACAUUGUAGAACCAUUAACCCGUACUCCCCAAACCAAGGCAUCCUGUUUUCUUCAGGAUUUUAUAUGCGGUAAUUCAUUAGAGCGGGCCAGGAUCGACACGACUCAAGAAUCCUCUGGAAAACAGCUUGAUGAAGAGGUACUAGAGGUCCAGCGACUUCUUUCAGAAGCUCUCUCCACCUUCAUGUUACGUCGUACCUCCGAAAUUAUUGCAUCUUCUCUUCCAGAUAAAUGUGAGCUAAUAUUGCAACUAUCUUCCUAUCUUUAG